AAAAGAAGCGACUGGAGGAAGACGAAAAGAAAAGGAAGGAGGAAGAAAAACAAAAGAAAAAAGGCUUCCUCAUAAACUUUGGAUCUUUACCUCACAUCCCGAUGGUGAAACAGGAAACUACACUAAAUGCCAGCCCAAAGAUGGACGAGGUUGUGUCAGUCCCAGAAGCUGAAGGAGACAAUAUCAACAGGAAAAAGAAUAAAGGGUUCGGGUUUAGCCUCGGGCCGUUACCUCACAUUCCAAAGGUGGAAGAGGAAACCAGCCUUUUGGCCACUCCCGUGGACGAGGUAGUCGUGUCUGUCGACGAAGACAUCGUCGAGGCUGCUGCCGAACCUGAUACGUUUGUUUUUGAUGGAAGGCUGCAGGAUUGGAAAAACGACGCAAACGAUAUAAGCGUCUGGCUUAAGGAUCAAGACGAAAAACUACCCGACGAAACUAACGAUGACACCAUUGCUUCUCUUAAAGACAAAGAAAGCCAUUUUGUGAGCCUCGAAAAAGAAAUUCCUGACUACGAAAGAAAGUUCGAUAAUCUUGAGAAAGACUAUGAAGCGCUGAUAAAGGACAAACAUAUAUCUGAAAAGCAGCAUGAAGACGUCAGCGAAGAUAUGGAUAAGUUGAGGGGCCAGUGGCGCUCUUUCAACACGGAUAGAGAUGUCAAGAAAAACCGAAUAAAAAGGAAGCUUUGGGAUAAAGAACAACAGAAAGCCGGCGAGCUUACCGGGUGCAGGGUUAACUUACAAGCAGUGAAGGACUGGAUUGGACUUCGGGAUAAAGAAAUUGAGACUAUGGAUCCCAUAGGAAACGAUCCGAAAACUUUACAACGACAGAAAGAAGACAUGAAGCUAUUAACCAAACGACUACAUGAUUACGAGCCACGAUUCACUGAAGCAACGGAUACAGCGUACAGAUUAUCUAAGGACCCAUACUUUUCGAAUGAGCAAAGCAAAGCUCUUCGACAAGACGCAGAGGACUGCGAAAAACAGUGGGAUGACGUGUUGGAAAAAGCCACAGAUCGUAUGGACCGGAUCGUGAAGAAGAUUCCCAAGCUUCAAAAAGACCAAAAGGAAAUAGUCGACGAAUGGAAUGACAGAUCUGCUCGAUUUGAAAAAUCUUUGAAAAAAGCAGAAGAUAAACUGAAAGAACAAGAAGCUAUUGGGAAGGAGAUUGGCUUUGAGAGGCGGCUCCCGGAGAUCAGGUCACCAGAACUGACAAAGAAACGAGGAGAAAACAACAAUGAGUGGAAACCCACCGUAGAUGAGUGCAACGCGAACCUUAGAAUGGUCAGAGAAAGGCUGCAAGAUAUUCAGCGAGCUAAGAAAAACCGAAAGUGGUCGAUUCUCGAGGCUUUAAAAGAUGCUGUACAUUCAAUCACCGCCAGAUUUCGUGGAAAUUCCAGAGUCGGAGCUGAACAUGGGGUCAAUUUAGACAAAGUUGUCGACCUCUUGGAAGAUCAUGAGGACAUAAUGACCGAUGCAUCAACCAGGCAAAAAGAUGCAGAUGAAGUUUUCACCUUGGGUAGGAGCGCCAUUGACAGUGGUUUGCUGGAAAACGAACAAGCUAAUGAAGUACACGAUCAAAUGACGGACUUGAAUCAUCGAUGGAAUGGGUUGAACAUUGAUGUCAUUGAGCGCGAGAAAAGGCUUGAGAAAUUAGCCGAAGACAUUGAAAGCGAAUACAAGAGAUUCGACUCCUGGCGUGAAAAAUGCGAUAACAUGAAUCAGUGGCUGUCAGAGUCAGAAAAGCUCAUUAAGAACGAGGAGAAGAUUGGAUCAGAUAUUGGAGUCCUUCAAGAGCAAAUCAAAGAUAAUCAACUCUUUAUUAAAGAAAUAAAGGCCUAUGAACCGAAAGUAGACGCCAUGGUCGAGGAAAGCAAAGAACUUGUAGAGAGCAGCAGACUGGAUAAAACAGACAUUGAUGGGGUUGACAAAACUAAAAAUGCUCUCAAUUCGAGAUGGAAGGCUGUCAAUGAUCACCUUAAUGAGAGGCAACGAAAGCUAGACUCUGCUCUCCUGGACAUACUAAAGAAGGAUUCAGAUGGCAGGCUUGGCCGAUGGAGAGAGCAAUCGAUAGCUCUUGGUUUGCUUGUUACGGAAGCUAAAAGGAAAAUUGAUGAUGAUGUUGACGAUACAGAUUUUAAAGAUAUUCAAGAAAGUGCAGUGCAACUCCAGGAAGUCGAAAAUUCGCUCAACGAGGACCUCAGUAGGGAGCUGCUUGAAGUAACGAAUGAUGGUCAUCAUGUCAUCGAAAAGGAGGAGACACAGCCCGACGACAAACAUGAGAUAGGAAAGAAAAUAGACGAACUUAACAGACAAGUUUCUGAGCUUGAAAAAGGAACAAGAGAGAAAAGGGACAAGAUAAAAGAAGCCUCUUUGAAGUACUUUGGCCGCUCAUUGGCCGAUUGUGAAGAAGCCGUCGAGAGACUUGAAGAGGAGUCCGUGAACAAUUUUACUGAUAUUGGCUCUGAUAUCGAGGAGGUCGGAAAACAGUUGGAAGAGUUGCAGGAAUUUGAAAACGACCUAGAUAAAGAAGAAGCAAAAUUUAAUGACAUCAAAGACCAGUUUGUGAACUGUAAGGAAACAGAUUUACUCAGAGAUGAAGACCGAGUGAGAAUCCAGAGAAGAAUAGGAGCACUUGAUGAGAAGUGGGCAGAACUGAACAAAAACCAUGAUGCCAAUCAUGAAAAGUUAAAUCAAGCGCUGAUAGUUCGUCAUGAAGAAUUAAUGGAAGAGGUCUAUGAUUGGCUGAGUGAUGCUGAGAAACAAGCAGAUUCUAUAGUUGUGAAUGAGGAUGACAUUGGUUCAGUCAUGGAAGAGUAUGGCAGGCACAGGGAGUUGAAGGAAGAAAUUUCUUCAUUUGAGCCGACGUUCAAGAACGCAAUAGGAAUCAGCGAUAGGCUGCUGACCGAAAGGAUCGUAGAUCCUGAAAGAGCUGAAAGCUACGAAACAGAGAUAAAUACUCUGGAAAACAGAUGGAAAAAUCUGCAACUUAAAACCAUGGACAAUGGAGCUAAAUUGUCUGGUGUGCUUGGAAGGUACGUAACGAUACGAUUGGAUGAAGCGGAGGUGAAGUUGACACAUGCAGAAGCAAGCAUCAGCAGAGAUGAUGCUGACUACUUAGACAUAGAUGGUGCAAAGGAAGCACUGCAAGCAUUCAGAGUGAAAAGGACUGGCAUUCAUGAUUCCCAAAAGAAGGUUGACAGAAUACUGGACGAGUCCCGUGCCGUUGUCAGAGAAGACUUCUUCAAGGAACACGAACAGGAACAUUUCCAGGGAAGAAUUGAUAUGAUUGACAAGAGAAACAAAGGACUCGAAGAGAAGGCAGACAAAGAGGAAAGAAGGUUGCUUGACACAUACAUUUUGCUGCUUAAACAACACUUACAAAGAACUAACAUUUGGCUUAAAAUGGCGGAGUCCCGGAUCAAGCAGGAGGGCGAGACUGGUCCAGGCUAUGACGACGUAAAUAAACAGCUGGAAGAUCAUCAGGUCUUUCAAGAGGAGCUCAGGGAUCACUCGAUGAUUUCAACGAUUCUAGGCGUGGACGUCUCCGAUCCUGACAUCACGCAAGGCACCCAGCAACAAGUAAAGUCACUCAGCGACCGGUGGAGUAAAGUGUGGAACUGGUCGGAACAGAGAAAAGCUCAGUUGCUUAAGGUUCUAAGUAACUGGCAACGAUUCCGUGACGAGCAGAUGAUAUUAUUGAAUUGGCUGUCAAACAAAGAAAAAACCUUAAAGGAGAUGGCAAGAACAGAUCUUACUGAUGAAGCUGAAGUCAAAGAUCAUUUAGAAAAGCUCAGAGUAAUUGAAAAAGAGUUGGAUGAACAAGGAAUACGUUUGCAAUCCUUACACAAAGCCGGAGAGGAUUUGUUAAAGAACGUAGAUGCGGUAGAUCCGGCUGCAAAGGAAAUUAAAACUCAGCUGAAAGACUUUGAUGAUUGCUGGAAUGACAUUGCAAAACAAGUUAUAAACAGAAUUCAGCAGCUUGAAAAUUCUCAAAGUAAACUUAAGGAGUUUCAUUCGGAAAUGGAUGCCACAAAUGAAUGGAUGGAUGAAACUGAACGGCUGCUCAAGACCUACAAGAUUGGAAUGGAUCCAGAGGAAGCUAGCAGGCUUCAAGAAAAGACAGAGAUCAAAUGUGAAGAACGAUCCAAAUUCGCUUCUAAAGUUGAUCGAAUCAACAGACUCGGCAAAGAUCUGGCUGGGGAAAUCGAUGAACCAUCCCAUGAUGCUAUUCAGGAAGAACUACAGCCAUUUAAUAACCGUUGGAGCGAUGUCUCUGAUCAGCUUGAACUCUACAGUGACAAGGGUUACCCACAGCCGGGGAACGAGUGCUGCUUCUUGCGAAUCAUGAGGAAAAAAUUUGGAGUGAUACACUGAUUUGUUACCUGUUACCAGUUCUCUCUGAAAACAGGAUGAAAUAUAUAUUUACCAUCCGUUGUUGGUAUGUACUUUAGAACUGGAAGUGUCCUCGAAU